GGCAAAAGAGCCCAAGGGGAACGGACGAAGGGGAAGGAAGGGGGGUGACUGACCUUGACCGUCAAACCACCUCCAAUUAAUAUAAAGUCUCUCUCUCUCCAUCGAGAUCCCCCUGUUGCCGAAUUCCCCAAAAAGCAGCAAAAGAACUUCAGAAAUCCCUUCUUGGCAAUACGCUGUCGAUUCCCCACCCUCUCUUCCUUCCUCAUCAGAUCCCCUCUUCCCCCUCCCCAAUUCCUUGAUUGGCGUGCAAUCCAGGGUCAUCGUCUUCGUCGCCCUUCCUUCUUCGUCGGGGAAUCGACGACCUUCCCACCCUUUUGCUCUGCCGCCCGCCUCGCUUUGGUCCCCGCUAGGGUUAGGGUUUUUCUUUUCAUUUUUCGGUUUCUUCAAUUGCUCCCCAGCCAUGGAGUCCGAUGACGAUAUGCACGACGCCAACGACGUGGAGUCGUUGGACGACGAUUUCUACAGCGGGGAGGCCGACGAUUACUACAAUAGCGACAACGCCGACGUCGACGAUUACGAGUUCGUCGAGGACGCCGAUGCUGACUCCGACGUCUUCACCGCUCGUCACCAUCAGCAAAACUAUAUCAUUUUAAAGGAGGAAGAUAUACGACAACGUCAAGAGGAUGAUAUAAUAAGAGUUGCAGGCGUCCUAUCUAUACCUAGAGUUGCUGCUAUCAUCCUUCUGCGCCAUUACAAUUGGAGUGUAAGUAAAGUUCAUGAUGCAUGGUUUGCUGAUGAAGAUGGAGUGCGAAAAGAAGUGGGCUUAUUGGAGAGACCGGUUGUUGAGCAUCCUAAUUUAAGAGAACUACCCUGUGGAAUCUGUUUUGAGUCCCAUCCACGUGAUAAAAUUAUGUCAGCUGCUUGUGGUCAUCCUUUCUGCAGUACAUGCUGGGCAGGUUACAUAAGCACAUCGAUAAACGGUGGUCCCGGAUGUUUAACAUUGAAAUGUCCUGAUCCAUCUUGUGGUGUUGCCAUCGAUCAAGACAUGAUAAAUCAAUUUGCGCCUAAAGAAGAUAAGAAAAAGUAUUCUCAAUAUCUUCUUCGCUCGUACAUUGAAGACAAUAGAAAGACCAAGUGGUGUCCUGCCCCUGGUUGUGAAUACGCUGUAGAAUAUGCUGCUGGCAGUGAAGGUUACGAUGUUUCCUGCCAAUGCUCUUUCAACUUUUGCUGGAAUUGUACAGAGGAAGCUCACCGUCCAGUAGAUUGUAACACUGUGGCACAGUGGAUCAUGAAAAACAGUGCUGAAUCUGAAAACAUGAACUGGAUUCUAGCCAAUUCAAAGCCUUGUCCAAAGUGUAAGCGGCCAAUAGAGAAAAACCAAGGGUGUAUGCACAUGACUUGUACACCUCCUUGUAAAUUUGAGUUCUGCUGGCUCUGUCUGGGUGCAUGGUCUGAUCAUGGUGAGAGAACUGGUGGUUUCUAUGCCUGCAAUCGUUAUGAGGCCGCUAAGCAAGAGGGAGCGUAUGACGAGGCUGAGAGAAGAAGAGAAAUGGCGAAAAAUUCAUUGGAGCGAUAUACUCAUUAUUAUGAACGAUGGGCGAGCAAUCAAUCCUCAAGGCAGAAAGCUCUUCAUGAUUUACAUCAAUUGCAAACUGUGCAGCUCGAUAAGCUUAGUGACCUACAAUGCCAGCCGGAGUCACAGUUGAAGUUCAUCAUAGAGGCCUGGCAACAGAUAGUUGAGUGUAGGCGAGUGCUCAAGUGGACAUAUGCAUAUGGUUAUUAUCUACCAGAACUUCACCAUGCUAAGAAACAAUUUUUUGAGUAUUUGCAAGGUGAGGCAGAGUCCGGAUUGGAAAGGCUUCAUCAGUGUGCAGAGAAGGAACUUCAACCGUUCCUUAGUGAGGAGAUUCCUUCUAGUAACUUUAAUGACUUCCGCACCAAGUUAGCUGGACUUACCAGUGUGACCAGAAACUACUUUGAGAACCUCGUGAGAGCAUUGGAGAAUGGGCUAUCAGAUGUGGAUGCCCAUGGUGGUUGCAGCAGGGCAGCGAGCUCUAAGAAUGGAGGGAGCAGCAAGGCAAGUAAAGGUGGUGGAAGGGGAAAAGGAACUGCCAGCACUCGAGCUGGUUCCAGCCGAACCGAUGACGCGUCUCACUGGUCCUGCGAUCAUUGCACUUAUGCUAAUGUUAAAUCUGCAACCACUUGCCAGAUUUGCCAGCAUCGCCGAUGAGGGCAGUGACAGGAAAAUUUACAAAGGAGGAUGGUUUUCACCAGAAACACGACUUUCAUGGACAAGGAACCAGUUCAAGCGCAUGGGCAGUGUCCUAUAAAGGGAUUAUUGGUAUGAAUCGUUCAAGUUCCCAGUGACAAAUCAAUUAUUAGGAGGCUCAACUCGUUUGGUGUGCCGAACGAUUCAGGCACGAGCAGCAGCAGCUUUUGGCCUGUGUUUACUCUUGUUGUGUGUUGAUGGUGGCGGCCCAUAAUACCGGCCCAUGUAUAUAGGCUGCAGGGUUUCAUUGUCGGUACCGUACUACUUUGGCAAAGAAAAAGAAAUAGUGACUGUCACCAAUCAUUUAAUAUUUCAUCUAUUUGCUGCUGGAAGAGGCAAAUGUACUCCGUUUGUCUUAUAUUUCGCAUAUUACUUUGUCUAUUGGAGCUCAUCUGAUCCUUUUUUUGAAAGGAAUUACUUCAGAGUUCGUAUUCUGUUGGAUGCGUGGGGGUGCUCUCACUCAAGACGGUUCGAAAAACCAGAAGGAUGAUUCUGCUUGUGUAUGAUGUGCUUCAAACGGAGAAUUUUUCUGAAGUAGAGUUGCAGUUCUCAUAUGAACGUGUACAAUCAACGCACGCAUGGGUCUAGUCAUUCAUUACAUGAAAAAGCUAUGUACUUUUAAUGGGAACAUGACACAUUUGUGGACAACAGCAAUAGCUGCUUUGAAGCUUGGAUGGGUUUCUUAUGAGCUUUAUUUGAAUGUUGCAAAGCAUAUAGAGCUAUGUAUCUUAAUUUUAAUAGAUUCCUGAUAUCGAUGGAUGAGCUCAAGUUGUUUA